AUGAGCUUCUCGUACCGGACCUUCCCUGAGAGCACUGGCAAGAGGCUCGACAGGGAAUCCCUGCAGAGCCUCCACAACAAGCGGCUCUACCUGGCUGUGCUUGCCGCUGUUCUGGGGAACUUCAGCUUUGGCUUUGCCCUGGUUUACCCCUCACCCGUCAUUCCUGCCCUGGAAGCUCACCCCAGCCCCACGCUGAGGCUGGACCAGAACACAGCAUCCUGGUUUGGGUCGGUGUUCAUGCUGGGGGCUGCGGCGGGGGGGCUCAGCGCCAUGCUCCUCAACGACCUCCUGGGCCGCAAACUGAGCAUCAUGUUCUCGGCACUGCCCUCCGCCGUGGGAUACGCGCUGAUGGCUGGUGCCCAGGGGAUCGGGAUGCUGCUGCUGGGCCGCGUGCUCACAGGCUACGCUGGCGGCGUGACAUCUGCCUCCAUCCCGGUGUACAUCUCAGAGAUCUCCCACCCUGAGGUCCGAGGCACGCUGGGCGCUUGUCCUCAGAUGAUGGCAGUGCUGGGCUCCCUCGUCCUGUAUGCGCUGGGGCUGGUGCUGGACUGGCGCUGGCUGGCCAUCGCUGGGGAGGUGCCCGUGCUCGCCAUGAGUGUCCUGCUCUGCUUCAUGCCCAACUCGCCCCGGUUCCUGCUCUCCCAGGGGAAGGAGGACGAGGCGUUGUGGUCACUGUGCUGGCUGCGGGGUAAGGACACAGACUACACCAGGGAGUACGAGCAGAUCAAGGACAGCGUGAGGAAGCAGAGCCGGCGUGUUUCGUGUGCUGAGGUCAAGGACCCCUUCAUUUACAAGCCCAUCCUGAUCGCAGGGGGGAUGAGGUUCCUGCAGCAGCUCUCAGGUGUCACUUGCAUCCUUGUGUACCUGCAGCCAAUAUUCAAGAAAACUUCCGUCAUUCUGAAACCAGAGUACGAUGCAGCUCUUGUUGGAUUGGUACGUCUGUUCUCGGUGGCGAUUGCUGCUGUGUCAAUGGAUAAAGCUGGGAGGAAGAUUCUUCUUUUUGUAUCAGCUGGUGUCAUGUUGGUCUCCAACCUGACCAUGGGGCUCUACAUCCACUUCGUGCCAGCUACUCAGAAUAGCACCAUUGCCAACAAGAGCCUGGUGAGCUCUGCCAACCCUUUUGCUGAGCCGACAAACUAUAUCACCCUCAUCCCCCUUCUGGCAACCAUGUUCUUCAUAAUGGGUUAUGCCAUGGGCUGGGGCCCCAUUACUUGGCUGCUCAUGUCAGAGAUCCUCCCUCUGAAAGCCCGCGGGGUGGCCUCAGGCCUCUGUGUCGUCGUGAGCUGGCUGACAGCCUUCGCCCUGACCCAGUCCUUCCUCCUGGCCGUGAACACCUUUGGCCUUGAGGUGCCAUUCCUGUUCUUUGCUGUCAUCUGUGCCGGGAACAUCUUAUUCACAGGCUGCUGCAUUCCAGAAACCAAGGGCAAGUCCCUGGAACAAAUCGAGGCCUUCUUCAGGAGUGGCCGGAGGUUGUUGAUGAGGCCCAACAGACAGCCCCAGGGCACAGUGGAGUUAACAUGCACAAGUGCUGUCAACUUCAUGACUGAAUGGGACAUGGAAGAGUUGCAGCAGUAUCAGUGCACCUGGGGAUUCAAAUGGGACCACAAAGCGUUGGUGGCAGCGGGAGCUCUGCUUCCAGGGCAGAGGACGAAAAACAGGCUGCAGUCCCUGCUGCCACUGCUCACCAUAGCUGCUACCUGCUGUGGCUGCCAAGAGAGGAGGACACCAAACUUUGUCAAGCCAGUGGCCCAGAAGAAGACAAAGGGGCCAAAAGACAACACACUUUUCAGAAAUCUGAGAAAUGCUCUGAAGGCUGAAAGAGGAUUCUAUAGUUACAGCAUCCCCGUCACAGCAGCCGGGGCUCAGAGGGUUCAGAGACCCCCCCAGCGGAAUGAGGCAGCCCUUUGA